AGGACUCCUCAGGGCAGGGAGCCAGCCAGAGGAGGGAAGGCCUGUGACCAGCACAGGCAGGGACUUGAGGCAGGAUGACAGCGACACAGAAGCACAGCCUCUUCACACCGGAACCUCACUACAUCCCCGGCUAUGCGGGCUUCUACCCACAACUGCGGUACCAGGUGGGGAGCACCUACGGGCGCACCACAGCACAGCUGCUCACAGACCCCAGCGUGCAGAAGAGCCCCUGCUCAGUGCUCUCCCCUAUGUCCAAGCCCAAGUUCAUCGAGGACUUCAGUCGGCCCAAGCCCCCGUUGGCUUCCUGCCGGGACCUGACUAUACCCUACAUUCCCCACUACACCGGUCUGAAACCCUACAAGAACUUUGAGAUCCUGGGCCGGCUUCCACCAGACGUGAACACCCAGGAGCCGCCAGGGGUAGAAAACAUAUCCAGACAGGUCCCUCUGCCUGCAGGUGUCAUGCCCUACCCCCCCUACCCGCCAUGCCCACCAGGCAAGAAGCAGUGCUCCAGAGACGUGGCACUUGGAGAGGCCCCCGGGCAGUACCAGGUAGCCUAGCCUCACCCCCACCCAGGCCAGGAGAGAGGGGCCUUGGUGACCCGCCCCUCCCCAUUCCAGCUAUACCACUGCAGGAGGGAUGAGUACUGGCCAGCACCCCAUCAGCAGGAGAUGCUGGACGUGGGCAGGUCCCAGCGGCUGCCCCAGCUGGACCACCCCAACCUGAUCCAGCGCAAGGCCAUCUCAGGCUACGCUGGCUUCGUCCCCAGGUUUGCCUGGGUGAUGGGCAUGAAUUACCGUGACGGAGUAACACAGGCAAUGGAUGAGUUCGACAGGAACCAGUUCCUGUUCAGGAACCCAGUCUGCCCACUGGGUGAGAAGCUGCCCAGGACACACUGGCCCAGCAACAUCAUCUACAGCAGCCAUGGCUUGAUACCUUUCUACAUGGGGUUCAUUCCAUCCAUGCGGGACACCUACGCACACACGUUUGGCAACAGCAGCCGGAAGGCCUAUCAGAAGGAACUGCAGAGGCGAAACCACACACUAUGA